AUGUCGUUUUCGGAAGUCCACUAUCUGGACCCGCUUUACAACGUGCCUCAUCCAAGAGCGGGCUCCUUUUAUCGAGCAAUAGACAUCUGGUUCCAAUGGACCCUGCCCAACGCUGCGCCGGCUUUCGUCCUCUUCAACGUCUGCAAUGUAUUUGAGUCUUAUUUCUCGAGUCCAGGCUGUCAGGGCGAAGCUGCACAGCACUGUAUCGCCGCGCUCGCCUAUGGCUGCCUCGAGCUCCACCGGAAGGAGACCGAUAGCUGGGAGUUCGACUAUAGCCAGGAACAGCUGAAGCAUAAUGCUUUGGACAUCUCGCUGCUCAAGAGAGACAUUGCCUCAAUAAGGACUGCCGCAGACAGCCCGGCCGCGAUUAACACCAUCUUCCUUUUGAGUUUUCUGGCGCAAUUUCGGGGCGACCACAAAGAAAGCGCUCUGCACCGCAAAGCCCUGAGGCGACUCUUCGAUUCUACUGCUGGGCCUGUCGACCGGGCAGAGUUCGACAGGAGAUAUGGAGGGUUGCUGUUGCAGUGA